GUAAGUGUCUACUACAGGAUCCAGCAUCUCAAUGACAUCACAGGAGGGAGAGGGAUGGGGAGGCAUUAGUAUCCUUCAUGUCACAUUAGGCAGGUAUUUACACAGUACGACCUUAAUUCAGCAUGCACUCUGACCUGUCGCCCCACCUGCACACAGAUGAGUGUAAUGAGCUCAUAAAGCGUCUGCAGCAGUGCCACUCUGAGCAUAACGUCCUGAAGUUCUUCGGGACGUGUAACGACGUUGACCGCGCCAUGCGCCACUGCCUUAAGAAUGAGAGACUGGAAAGGCGGGAGCGCAGCAAACAGCAUGCACAAGCCAUGAAAAAGAGGUUGAAAGACGGACCCAAGGAGCAGCUUUGAAAGACAUUUAUACUCCAAAACUUAUGUCCAGUUGAGAUACCGAACUAAGCCUGCAUUGCUGUGUUGCAGCAUAUACAGUGGAUAGAAAUCAUCGACCUACCUCUGGUCAAAUGCCAAGUUUUUGUGAUAUAUGAAAAUGAGACCAGGAAAAAUCAUUUUGAAACAUUUUCCACCCUUAAUGUGGUCUAUAAACUGGAGAACUCGAAAUCUUUUGAAAAUAAAAAUAAACCACUGACAUAUUUUGGUGGAACAACUGUGCAUACUCUUAUAAUUGGGGUGCUUAUGCGCAGACUGGAGUAUAAAAGGAAUUGGUUAAUUCUGAAAACAGCCGUCGCCCAGUUAAAAGGAGGUUUAUCGUUUAAUUAAUUACCUUGUUCUCUAUUACAAAAACCUGGCAUUUAAUUAGGGGAUCAUAGACUUCAUAUAUGCAAUGAGGAUGCUGGAAUCAUGAUGACUUUGAUGCAGAGGUUGGGAUGUGACUUACCGUUUGCCAGUGUACACCAAGCAGUGACAAAUCCCAUGAUUAUGGACAGCUUACUCCCACACGAAAAGACCGUCAUCAAAUUUUUUGUCAUCUGUACGUCUUGAAACGUGUCAGCCUCAUUGAAAGGAACUUUGUGACGCUUACGGUGAAUGAUUGGAUGUUGGAUGACAACGCAGAGUAGAAUGGCAGUACACCCUGAUGAAUGCCUUCGUCAUGGAAACAUCACAUAACGAAAGCAAUCUUAGUACACAACACAUUUCUGAAACUGUUUUUUAUAAUAUUCGUAGGUUUUGCCAAAGAUCCCAACUGUAGGUUUGAAAAUACAGUCCUGCUUACUCCACUGAGUAUGACAGAAAUCGAAAAGGGUAUCGGACCAUAUGCUGGAAAAAGUGGCAAUUACACUCUCCCUGCAC